AUGACACUGUUCUCAAGCACCUGGUUGCGUGAUUUGCGGGAAAGAGAGACCGGCCCUAAAAUUCGCUUCACUGCCUACUACGAUGGCAAUAAGGCAGAGCUUGAUGCUGAAAUCAACAACUCUAUCCAACAAGAUCAACCAAGGUCCCUAUUUCGUCGGCGAUCGUUGGCCGAACCAUCCACGCGAUUUUUCCAUGAAAUCCUCGUUGCCCAGUGGUCUAAAGAAACCAUAAGAGCCUUCCCCGCCAUCGACUCCUACCGCGUCUUUACCUCCUUUGUUUUUCCAGACGAUGAUGAUAAUGAAAAGAGAACGCAGGCCGUCACUUCUAUUGUCAACGACCAACUGAACGACAUCAAACACCAAGGCCUGCUAUCAAUCAAUCAAGUUUCUAUUAGCCUGUUAGAGCCCGUCUAUAGAAGCGACUAG